CUUCAUAGUCUAAUUAUUCAACAAUUUAUCUCUCCUCUUCCUAAUUAUCCCCGUCUAUAACAAUCCUGAAAAGCUAACCAGGCCGUACGAAAAACCAUUACACAUUUUUCCCAUUUUCGUGGAUACAUAUAUAUAAUUGUAAAUUUCCGUGGAAUAAGUUGUGGGGGUUGUAGUUUGUGUAUGGGGUGGGGAAAGAUGGAGGGUCUGUGUAUAUGGCGAUAGGGGAGGGAUUUGAGGGCGUGUCGUGGCCACAUAAAACUGACCUUCCGGCACUCAGGGGUCUUAAUAUCCAGUUCGCACUCGACGCUUCUGCAAACAUCAAUCAUAUCAAAAUCAUGGCCAGCUACAUUUCCAACACAGCCGAAGAAAUGAGAAGGAAGACCAACAUUUCGAGAUUCCUUGAGGGACUCUUGGAUGAAGAUAGCAGCGAUGUGUGCGGGGAUAGAUAUUCACAAUACACCAGCUCCGAAAACGAACCCAGUAAGAUAGAUCGCGAGUUUUCACCACUCCACUAUCUUCCGGAGAAUGAGCUGAACGCUUAUAAAGAGUAUCCUGGGCUUCUGGAAGCAAACAAGAAGAGUGUAUUGAAAACACCAUUUUCAAUACACAACAUAAAACACAACGAUACACUCGUGCAGAUUUAUACCGGAAUACCGGCGGCCAAGGGAUUUUUCAAUUUGGCCAACAGGUUUACCAAGAAUGGUGUUAAAUAUUACAGAGGCUGGGUCGUCGGCCAAUUGUCGAUUAAGCAACAGCUGCUGAUGACGUUGAUGAAACUCAAGCUCGGCAUGGACGACAUCCACUUGUCACAUAGAUUUAACUGUUCCUUGGAGACUGUGACAAACACUGUUUUUACUUGGUUGCUCGCUAUCCAUCAAAAAUUGUUUUACGCAAUUGUAAAAGAUUUUGGUGGACAGAGGCCUAUCACAGAUCCAGUGUUGAUGGAUGCGGUAACUCUCCAUAUGAAAGGGCCAAGGAAUCCUCACCUUCCUCAUAAGACGCCGUUGGAACCCUACACAGCUCUAAUCGUCGCCAGGACUGAUGGAGUGGUUAUCUACGCAGGCGACUUAUACCCUUGGACAAGUGACAAAGUGGAUGUCAUAGAGGAGAGUGAUUUCUUCCAAAGUCUCGAGGAAGGAAACGUCAUCUGUCUGGACAACGAUGUGUCCACCGACUUGGAUAUUCCUGAUGGCGUCUUCGUUCUGUCUUUUGAUGUCGGAUGCGGUGAACUGAACGACAUUCGAAAAGACUUGGAAAGGCGGAUGAGUGAAUACCAGGCAUUCCGAUGUAUACCCCCCGAACUGGAAGGGUAUGCCAAUGUAGUCUGGCAAGUUAUAGUCGCUCUCACCAACUACAGUAAAUUUAAAGCGUUUAUGGCUUGAGGUUUAAGGUGCAUCGAGAGACAUGCCGAAAUACGGUGAAUAAAAUUGACCAAGUCACCUUCCUGACUCUUCGAAACUGCCGUUAGCAACAUGGAACGACGAGGAUCGAUUGGCAAUUGAUGAAGAUCGUUAUAUGCAUAGCUUGACAUGCCGAAAUACGGUGAAAGAAAUGACGGAGAAAAUAGUUCAAGAUUGACGAGAAGGAGACCGUUCAAAAUUGGAGUUUUUCAUUCAAGCGAAGAACGAAGAUCAAGACUUUUCACCCUUCAUUUAAUAACUUAUA